GUAAGUUUCUUUUUCAAGUUUAUCUGCUUUUUUUUUUUUGGUUUUCAAACUUAGUUUUGCUAAACUUGAAGAUAUAAUUUUGUUAGCAAAUGCCACCUACUUUUGUGAAAGAACACAAGAAGAAGUUGGGCAAGACCUGCCUACUGAAAACUGACGUAGAUGAUAUGUUUUGGGAAGUAAAAAUAGUGAGGGAGAAUUCAGAUUACUUCAUCUGUGGUGGAGACUGGCCACAUUUUGUUGGAUAUCGCAAGGUGAAGGUAGGGGGAAAUCUUGAUAUUCUAUCUCAUUGACCAAUCCACGUUCCAAGUCGUGCCCUACGCCCAGAAAAGUUGUAAAAAUCUUCGUGGAGGGAAACCAUUUCAGGAACUCAGCAGCUCCGAAAAUAAAGAGGAUGCUGGACCUUCAAGAAGAGCGAAGAAAGUAAAAAUGGAUCCCAUAGUAUUAUCAGAUUCUGAGGAAGAAAACAGUGAUCCGUCCGGUGGUGAAAAUUCAAGCUAUUCACUUCCAGGUUUCAUCAUGAAAGGAGGUAAAUCCGAUGGCAAAACGGAUAACAUGAUUGGCAUGAAGAAAAAUGCUCCGGUUACUAAGAAAAUGAAGGAAGUAAAAAUGGAGUCAACGGAAUUGUCAGAUUCUGAAGAAGAAAGCGUUGAUCCAACGAAUGGCUCCAAUAGUGGGGGAAAUACAUGCUAUCCACAUCCAGGAGGCAAAUCCGAUGUCAAAGCUGAUAACAUGAUCGGCGUGAAGAAAAAUGCUCCAGCGACUAAGAAAACAAAGAAUGUAAAAAUCGUUGAUCCAACCAGUGGCUCCAAAGAUGGGGGGAAUCCAUGCUAUUCACAUCCAGGAGGUAAAUCCGAUGCUAAAGCUGAUAACAUGCUCGGUGUGAAGAAGAGAUCUCCCGAGUCUAAAAAAGCAAAGAAAGUAAAAAUGGAGGCGGUAGAAUUAUCAGAUUAUGAGGAAGAAAAAGGUGAUCCCUCCAGUGGCUAUUCACAUCCAUGAGGUAAAUUCUACGCCAAAGCCAAUAGCAUGCGCGGCCUGAGAAAGAAAGCUCCCGAGACUAAAAAAGCAAAGAAGGCUGCCAAGGAUCCUAACAAACCCAAGAGGCCUGCAUCUGCUUUCUUAAUUUUCUUGAAGGAGAUUGGGAAGCAGUUCAAGGAGAAGAAUCGAGGCAUUAAAUCUGCUUUCGGUAGAGCUGGUGGAGACAAGUGGAAACAGUUGUCAGAUGCUGAGAAAGCUCCUUACAUGGCAGAGGCAAAGAAAAGGAUGGCGGAAUUUAAAAAGAACAAGGAUGCUUAUAACAGGCGAGUAGCUGCUGGAUCUGCAGAAGAAGUGGAAUCUGACAAGUCAACGUCCGAGGUUGAUGAGGAAGACGAAAGUGGAGAGGAAGAGGAAGACGGGGAUGACGACUGAAGAAGUUUUUAGUAAAUAAGGAAAUUGGUGAGGAAAUUGGUGAGGAAACUUGUGAAUUAUCUUCCACGUAUGACUUCUUCUUUUUCCUGAAUACUUGCAUCUUUUCUGUUUUUAUUUUGGGGGUUAAAGAUGAAUUAUAAAGCAGCUGUUUGUAAAGCACAGUAGUUUAUAUACAUUUUAUAUCUUAAUU